AUGAAAUUUUUUUCUUUACCAGCUUUAAAGUAUUGUAAAAUUACAUGUGAAACAAAAAAGGAUGAUAGAUUAUCGUUUCUUAUUGAUGAUGAUGAUGAUGAUAAAUACAGUCCUAUUGAAACUCUUAUUAUUAAUGAUCGUAUUUGGCUUGAUGAAAUACAUGAUAUUUUAUCUUAUUUUUCUAAUCUUCAUCGUUUAUCAAUUGAUUAUCUUGAUGGAUUUCGUAAUAAACAAUUAAAAAUUGAUUCAAUUAAUUUAAAAUCUUUAACAUAUGUUAAUCUUAAAGUUCAAUGUCUUGAUUUUAAUCAAUUUGAACAAUUAAUUAUCGGUUAUUUUCAACAAGUUGAAUCUUUAUAUCUUUCAUCAAGAUAUGAUAUUGACUAUUUAAAUGCAAAUCGAUGGCAACAAUUGAUUUUAAAUCAUAUGAAAAAUUUAAAAAUUUUUGAUUUAUAUCAUAUAGAUUGUAAACGAUUUGAUAAUAAUAAUUCUCAACAAAUAUAUCAUGAUUUGAUUGACAAUUUUGUUUCUCCAUUUUGGAUUAAACGACAAUGGUUUUUUACACAUCAUCAUGAACAACACGGAAAUUUUCAUACAGGAUAUUUUUAUUCAACAAAUCCAUAUAAGAGAAAAGAUUAUACAUUAUAUUAUGGAACAGAUGAUAAUAAUUGUCAAUUUUAUCAACAAAUAAAUUUCAAUAAAAUUAAUCAUGUUCGUAUAUGUGGUACACAAUCUAAAAAUAGUAUUAUUAAUUAUUUUCCAAAUGUUACUGAACUUACUUUUGAUUUAUCUAAUGAUUCAAUUACAAUCGAUCUUAAUCUUAAUUUAAAUUCAUUAAAAAUUUGUAAAACAUUAAUUAAGGAUACUGAAUAUGAAUUAAUUCAACAAAGUGAACUUUUUCAAAUGAUAUCAAAUAAGAAUAUGAUUAAAAAUUUGGUUAUUGAUGAAUGUUGUACAUUAAAACAUAUUCAAUUAUUUGUUGGUUUAUGUCCUCGAUUACAACAACUUACAAGUGGAAUGAAUCGAAAAGAAUUUUUAUCGAUUGUACAAUUUUUAUUAUCAACAAAUGAUAAAAAUAUACAAAAUUUACCCUUUUUAUGUGUUUUAUAUGCACCUAAAGUAUCAUUAAAGUAA